ACAUCCCAGAAAAUAACUAAACGCAAAGCUCCUAGGGACUGCCAGCAGAAAAGGAUAUUCGCCUUUAAUGGGACAACACCCCCUCCCUCCCAGCCAUUCCCUCCUACAUCAACGGCCGCUGCUUUGUACUCAGCGUCAACUUUCCAGGAGUGAGGAGCGCAGCACCAGCACCAACACCAGCGCUGUCGGGACCGCGAAGCUUAAGAGGCGCUCCGGCCGCACUACAGCAUGACGAGGACGCCGCCGCUGCCACCGCCACCACCGCCGCGUCCGCACAAGUGAACAGCUGCGCUCAGCUCGGCUCCGAUCCUGAGGGGUUUCACAAAGAUCGCCUCUGCUACUUUUAUCAUGUUGGAAAGAAAAGCCUGAUUGAUUUUUCUCUCAUUGUGAUAAAAACAGAUACUUUCAGAUCCACAUCCCUUUGGCGAUUAAAAUGGGUUGUUGCACCGGACGCUGCACGCUGAUUUUUCUCUGCACUUUGCAACUGCUGGCAGCAUUGGAACGGCAGGUCUUUGAUUUUCUUGGAUAUCAGUGGGCACCCAUCCUUGUGAACUUCUUUCAAAUCAUAAUCGUCAUUUUGGGCUUGUUUGGGACUAUUCAGUACAGACCUCGCUACAUUGUGGUGUAUGCUGUGUGGACAACCUUGUGGGUCACUUGGAAUGUAUUUAUUAUCUGCUUUUAUUUGGAAGUUGGUGGACUUUCAAAGGAAAGUGAUCUCUUAACCUUCAACAUAUCAGCUCAUCACUCAUGGUGGAGUGAACACGGUCCUGGAUGCGUUCGCAAGGAAAUGCCAGCGACAGGAGUCAAGAGUUUUGACAGCCAGUCCUACAUCUCUGUAAUGGGCUGCAUUGUUGAAUAUCAGUACAUUGAGGUCCUGCAGAGCUCCUGUCAGAUACUCAUUGCUCUCGUGGGAUUUGUCUAUGCUUGUUAUGUUGUAAGCGCCUUCACAGAGGAGGAGGACAGCUUUGAUUUUAUUGGCGGAUUUGAUCCAUUCCCACUCUACCAUGUCAAUGAGAAACCAUCCCAUCUACUCUUAAAGCCGAUGUACCUGUCUACGUAAAUAGGAAAGCACAAUCCUGCAGGGAGAGCUCUUUCACUAUGGCCUACAUGAGGAUCUUCUGGACAAGACUCUCUCGAAGCCUUUCAAUGAUCCUAGGCACAUAAUUGAGGAGAGAAAACCAACAUUCCAAUUAUAAUUUUUUUUUCUGUUUAUAAUGAAUGAAUUAUGUUAAUUUGAUAUGUGUGCUUGUGCUGUCCAAGGCGGACGUGUUUUACUAUCAAAGGAAAGAAGAAAAGUUAACAACCGCGUGUUUUCUGGUAUCAUAGAAUAAUAGUUGUGACGACGAGAAGGACGGAGAUGAGCAGUCUGUAAAAUGUCAGUAUGGAAAAUGUGAGCCUUUAUGUAUUCGCCGACAAGGUAAAAAUUAAGUGUUGUUCAAAAUUAUAUAGUUUUCCAAAACCUGAAAGCAAUGCUAACUCGUUCCUGUUGGCAUCAUUUACUGCUUUGUCAAGGUGCAACUUUUUUCGUUGUGCUUAUUAACCCCUCAGCAGGUCCGAAAUGCAUGUGUAGUCAGCGCUUGCCCGGCGUAAUUUCUUGUUAUGGCGUAUGCUCUGCAAACUAUCGAAUGUUUUUAUACACAGAAAAGAACUGCAGGGCAGAGCAAACGCAUACGUGAUCAUAAACUCUUCAUCUUUUUAUUGGUGCUUUGUUCUCAUUAUUUUGCAAAUAUUCUCUGACCAUUAAGUCUCUACUGCCCCCUAGUGUUUAUUGUGCCACUGUUUUGGAAAAAAAUGAAUGCUUUGAGCCAGUAUUUCAUAUCAAGUUUUAAAUGAGCCCAUUCUUGGUCAAAUGGUACUUGUGUUAUUAGUUACUGGUGUAAAAAUGUGAAAGUUAAUUUGUAAUUGG